AUGGAGAAAGACAGAGACGAUAGCUCUACUGAGGAAUUCGACCCGUUUCUGGGCUCUUCUGCAAGUUCAAAAUAUGAGGCUCGGAGCCAUCGCAGGCGUGAUAUCCUGCUAUACUGCUUGGCUAUCUUGCUCGGUAUCUCUCUAGGCUCACACGUUUUGACUUACAUCUACAUUCAUCGAGCAUCAUAUCUUGAUGCAGCUUGUGUACGGCACACACAGCAGAACCCUACACCGAUUAAUAUUCCAAUUCAUUAUCGUUCAGUUCAUUACGACGGGACAUUUCUUGCCAAUUCAACUUCCCUCUACCGCCUUCCCCCAUCUCCUGAAGUUGAUGCGGCAUGGGAAGGCCUCGGAACCACGUCAAAGCCUCUUCUACUCUCCGAGUCGCAAGCAGCUCGCGCCGGAAUCAGCCUCGACCAUCUCAAAACUCCGUCGGGCGAGUUUCCAGUUUUAUUCGAGUUCAAUCACCACUUACAUUGCCUCAACCUGAUCCGCAAGGCCCUCUUUUACAACUACGAUUACUAUUCGAGCCCUAAUUACCCGGGACAUCAUCUUGGCAAAGAUGAGCAGACUAUUAGCAAGCACGUAACACACUGCGUCGAUAUGCUGCGGCAAGUGAUCCAGUGUAAGCCCGACCUAGGAGUUUUCGGACAGUAUUGGGUCAAGGACAAGGAGCAGGGAGUGGACGGAUCCUUUGUGGACUUCAAUACGGACCACAAAUGUGUCGAUUGGGAACCAAUACGAGAGUGGGUUCACGCACAUCAGACGCUUGACGAUAUAGUAGUGGAGUUGAAAGAGGGUGAUAAGGUCCUAGAUAUUGCACCCUAG